AUGAAGGUAGCCGAGGAGCAUCUCGACACAACAAAAAAACAGCUCGAAGUCGCAGAGAAACAGCUCCAGAUACAAGAGAACACUGCUAAAUACCAGCUAUCCAAUGACGAGCAACGAUGUCACCAAACCUUUCGCCUCGUGGUUGGAGCAAGAGAUGCUACGUAUGAGUGGUACAAGGACCGCGUCAAGGAGCGCGUCGAAGAUACCUGUCUCUGGUUUCAUCGACACGAACACUUUCAGAAGUGGUUGAAGCAAGAUUCUGGCCCACUUCUCGUGUCUGCAGACCCAGGCUGCGGGAAGUCGGUGCUGGCCAAGUACCUCAUUGACCAUGUUCUUCCUCGCUCGGCAACAAUUUGCUAUUUCUUCUUCAAAGACCAGGACCAAAACACGAUCCGACAAGCACUCUGUGCAAUACUACACCAGUUAUUUUCCCAGCGGCCUUCCCUGAUUAAAUACGCCAUGCCAAGAUUCCGCGAGGAUGGGGAGAAGCUGAUACAUUCCACCAAGUCACUUUGGCGAGUUUUCCACGAUGCCACCAGUGACCCCGACGCUGGACCAACCAUCAUUGUCCUCGACGCCCUCGACGAAUGUGCAGAAUCAGACUUUGGCGACCUCGUACAAAGGGUUAUGAGGCAGUUUGAUAGGGCAGGUGAAGAUUUCCACCGUGGGUCGCUACGCUACCUUAUGACAUGCCGCCCUUAUGAGCAGAUCGUGUCCGAGUUCAAUGGUCUCCUGCAUGCUUUUUCUGAUAUUCGUGUCCCGGGCGAAGAAGAGUCUAAAGCAAUCAGAAAAGAGGUUGACCACGUCAUUACCUAUCGCGUCGCUCUUCUCAAAGAGAACAAAAAGUUACCGGGCCCAGUGGCAACCCAUCUGGAGAGGGCACUUAAAGCACAUGCGCACCGAACCUACUUGUGGAUCUACCUCGUGUUUGACCAUCUGAUGCGCCAAAACUUGAUAAAGACGGAAAAGGGAAUCAAUGAAAUUGUCAACACGCUCCCGGAAAAUGUCAGUCAGGCGUAUGAGAAGAUCCUCAACCGCUGCGACGGGACUGAGCGUCGACUGGUGCGAAACGCGCUUGGAAUAACCCUGGCGGCGGCACGGCCACUAAAGCUGGCUGAACUAAAUAUUGCGUUGCGCAUCAACAUGAAGACCAAUUCUUUUGAUGAUCUUGAUUUGGAGGAAAACUGUGACUUUCAGGCGCGUCUUCGGUCUGCGUGCGGGCUGUUUCUCUCUGUCCACCACGAUCGGGUAUAUUUCCUGCAUCAGACGGCGCGCGAGUUCCUCCUGCAGCACUCAACAGAGAUGGUAACGACGACGACGCGGGUUACUGACACGAGCAAGAGUUGGCAUCAGUCCUUCACAAUGCCGAGCGCGCACGACAUUCUCGCGCGCGCUUGUGUGUGCCUCCUGAACUUGCCGGGCUACCACAUUGGGAUCCUAUGUUCCAGCGAGACGGAAGCGGAGUUAUCACACGAAAACUACGGGUAUUCGUCCCUUGGAGCGGAUGCAGAAUCGUUCCUCGAGUCAAGAAUCGGACAGUUCUUUUCCUACGCAGCCAUCCACUGGGCGACACACUUUCGCGAGGCAAACGUUGCGGCCGACGCCACCAUCAUGUCGGCGGCGGUCAGUAUCUGCGACGUCAACACGCAGCUUUUCAAGGGAUGGAGCGAGCUGUCCCGGUCGUACAAUGCUGGCUGCACGGUGCCGUCACAGGCCGCGGCCAGCCUCGCGGUGGCAAGCUUUCACGGCCAUGUCGGCAUGGUGAAGCGUCUCCUCGCCGACGGCGUCGACGUCAACGUCAGGGCAAAAUCGGGGUCGCCGCUCCAUCUGGCGGCGAGAAAGGGUUACGAGGAAGUGGUGCGGCUGCUACUCACCCACGGGGCCGAUGCGAAUGCGACACUGCAGUUCGACCACCAGACACCGCUGCUCGACGCCGUGUGCGGUGGCAACGUCGGCAUCGCGAGGCUUCUCCUGGACCACGGUGCGACUGUGAAUAUCAACGCCGCAAGCCGCACUCAUGGCCCUACAGCCUUGCCUAUUGCCGUCACCAACGGGCAUGCGCCACUGACGGCACUGUUAUUAGAGAGGGGCGCUAACAUCGAGGCCCAAGAUGGAUACGGCUGCACAGUGUUGCAGAUUGCCAUUGCCAACGAAGAUGCGGUGCUGGUGGCACUGUUGUUAGAUAGGGGCGCUGAUACCGAGGCCAGAGACUUGCGUGGCUGGACAACUUUGAUGGCGGCCGCAGCUGACGGAUCAGCAAGCCUGGUCGAGCUGCUGCUUGAAAAGGGUGCGAAUAGGAGUGCGAAGAACAGCGAGGGGCAAACGCCGCGUGCAUUAGCUUUAGAGGAAGGGCACGGCGCCGUAGCACAGAUGCUGUGA